AUGAAAGCUCGAAAACAGGGGGAAUGCAGCUCAUGCGAGAGUCCGACUCUCAGCCAACAGCCAGCCCGAUCAAUUGGCUGCAGGUGCGCUACGCCGCGCAGGUCUUCUGCUUCGUGCCCCGUCUCAUAUGAUCUAGAACAAAUAAAUUUAGCGUACUUCAACCAAGGAUGUCCAGGCAACUACAUGUGGGCGACGCCGAAUAUUUUCAACUGA